CAUUUGUUGGACAAAAUGCCAGAACAUUAAUGGGUACAUUGGAUUUAGUGUUUUUGUUAUCGUAUUCAAUUAGUAUGUAUAUUAAUGGUAUGAUAGCUGAACGCAUGAAUUUACGAUAUUUCCUAACCAUUGGUAUGUUGAUCGCUGGUAUUGCAAAUAUAUUGUUUGGUUUGGCUUACAAAUUGAAUAUCCAUGCUUUGGAAUAUUUUUAUGUCAUACAAGUGCUCACUGGAAUCGGACAGUCCAGUUGUUGGCCAGCUAUAAUGUCAUCGAUGGGCAAUUGGUUUGGACCCACAAAUAGGGGUCUUGUAUUUGGUAUCUGGAAUUCACAUUCGUUUUUAGGUAAUAUUGUUGGUUCAGCCAUUGCCGGUAUAUUUGUUGGUUAUGAUUGGGGACUCAGCUUUAUAGUUCCCGGUGUUAUCGUAUGUGGCAUAGCUAUAGUCGUAUUUUUAACACUUGUACACAAACCUGAAAUUGUUGAACUGAGCAUAACAUUGGUUUCAGACAAACAAAACACCAGUAAUAAAAUGAACGAUAAUUUAAAUAGUGAUACUAAUAGUAAAGCUAUUAGUAUUAUUGGAGCUCUUAAAAUAUCGGGUGUGGUUGAGUUUGCCUUAAGCCUAUUCUUUGUCAAACUGGUCAGCUAUACAUUCCUCGAUUGGUUGCCCUAUUAUAUCAGUCAAACCAAUGCCAACAUAUCAAUGUCUAAUUCUGCAUAUAUGACAAUGAUGUUUGAUGUGGGAGGUAUUGCUGGCGCUAUAAUUGUCGGUUAUAUUAAAGACAAGACCAAUGCCAGUGCUCUGACCUGUAUUUUUAUGUUAAUAUUUUCAAUUCCUUUGUUAGUUAUUUAUCGACUAUACGGAAACAUAUCUUAUGCCAGCAACGAAUCGCUUCAAUUUUUUGUCGGUCUCUUUGUGAACGCUCCCUACUCUUUAAUAAUCACUGCCGUCUCAGCUGAGUUAGGUCUAAAGUCUCAAUCACAGUCAGCCCUGUCCACAGUUACAGCUAUUAUAGACGCCACCGGCAGUCUGGGUUCAGCGGUAGGACCAUCUCUGUCCGGUUAUGUAUCAGAAUUUGGUUGGAAUUAUGUAUUUUUAAUGGUUAUAAUCGCAGAGAUUUUGGGAAUCUUAUUCAGACCAGAGAAACAACAGUUUCAAAACAAUAGACUACAAGACGAACGUCUUAUCAUUAAAUAUCUCAUCUCUGGAAAGGCUUACAGACAAAGAAAUGGUGAAUAUAUGAAACAUUUGAGCGAUAAAGACAUCGAAAAUCUGGUCAAACAUAUUAAUCUUAUUAGUUAUAUGACCGAAGAUGGCAUACAAAAACUGGUCAAUACUUAUCAUCAGUUUAUGACUAUUAGAAAAUCAUCGCAAGAGUUUUGGCAAAAUUUUAUCACAGAUUCAAACUGUCCGCAACAUUAUAUGGAAAGGUAUAUCAACGCCAAGAGACUGACUGUAUUGACAAACUUUUUGUAUGAGUUGUCAGUCGCCAGACAACACCUAUUGAUGGUGUCAUCCGAAAGGGUUAGUGAUUUGUCAAAUAUCAGAUAG